AUACCUCGAUGAGAUGAGUACUGGCGACUGGUCAUGGGCACAAGAACGCAGGUCUCGUUCGUCCUCCGCAUCUUUCCCCCAACCUCAACUCCUCCUCCUUCUUCUCCUCCACCUCCUCGCCGCCUCCUCUAUCUCCUCCCACCAUCCACCAUCCCCGGGCUUAUCGGUCUCUAGCCGGGUCUUUUUGCACCGUGUCCUGCUCUGGCAUGCGGGGCAGACGCCACUGCUAAGCUUGUUUAAGCAUAACGGGCGGUUCUCCCUCUACGGCCCUAGGCCUCACCAGCCUCUAGGCCGCUCCAAGCAAAUCUGCAGCUCCAACAAGUCGGCCUUUGCUUGUUUUUCCAGCCCAAGGCUCGUCGCUUAGUCCAGCCAAGCCGCCCGCUUGAACCACUCAAAGCCAGUGCUUCACAAAAUCCAAUGUUGCAUCCAUGCCGCUUCCAUGACAAGAUCUGCUGUCAAACCUGCCUGCUCUCUGCGAGCCACCGCCCUCUCCCCAACCCCACCGCUGGCCAAACACAGUAUGAGCUCCAGAAAAAUGUGUGCGACCAUCACCAUCAGGGUUGCCACUCGCUUCGGACAAAACUCCUGUUCUAGUCCCUGCGCGGCUUCUACCCCGGCAAUCGCAUGGCUCCCAGUAACUCUACAAAGAGACCCGCUGCCCUCCUAAAGACGCUCUUUGAUCUUCUUCUUCCCCCGGAUUUUCGUCAUCGCAUCUCUUCCCGAUAAGUCGUUCGUCCUCGUCGUCAUCAUGCGGUUCGAUAUAGACGGGUCCAAUGAAAAGGCCCAGCAUGCCUUCAACGACACGACUGGCAUGGGCGAACACCAGCUGGGCUAUGACCCAGAUCUGGCCCACCCAGCGGCCGGCUACAGAGACGGCGAGGUAGCUGUGCUCCCGCCAGGAGUGUCCGAACGCAAACUCGUCACCAAGAUUGAUAUGCGCAUUAUUCCUGUUCUGUCAGUCAUGUACCUCCUGGCUUUUCUGGAUCGAACCAAUGUCGCCAAUGCCGCCAUCUUCGGCCUUCAAAAAGAUCUGGGACUGAGCGGCACUCAGUACAGCACCGCCCUGACCAUCUUCUUUGUGCCCUAUGUGAUCUUUGAGAUCCCAUCCAACAUCAUCCUCAAAAGACUUCGCCCCCAUGUCUGGCUGUCCAUCUGCAUGUUUGGCUUUGGCCUGGUGACGAUUUGUCAAGGUCUAGUCCAAGGAUAUGGCGGUUUCCUCACCACCAGAUUCUUCCUUGGCUUCUUCGAAACCGGCAUGUUUCCAGGAGCAUUCUACCUCAUUGGUAUGUGGUACAAGAGACAGGAAGCGCAGAAGAGAUAUACUUUCUUCUUCGCCAGCACCACUCUCGCCGGGGCUUUCGGUGGCUUGCUCGCGUCUGCCAUUGGCAAAAUGAACGGCAUGGAAGGCUAUCUUGGGUGGAGAUGGGUUUUCAUCCUAGAAGGCUGUCUGACCUGUGUCGUCUCCUUUGUUUGGUUCUUCGCCAUUCCCGACUUUCCUGAAGACGCGAAAUGGUUGACGGAGCCCGAGCGCGAGUAUAUCAAGGCUCGCCUCCGAGAUGAUCAGGGGAAGUCGGCCAUCGACCGACGUAUCACCGUCAAGGACGUCAUCAACUGCUUCAAAGACUACAAGAUCAUCGUGGGUGGCUUCAUGUAUUUUGGCUUGAUUGUGCCUGCCUACAGUUACGCUUACUUUGCGCCCACCAUCAUCAAGACGUACGGAUACAGUGCCAUUCAGACCCAGCUGCACUCCGUGCCUCCGUGGGCAGCGGCCUUUGGAUGGAGCAUGCUCACUGCCGCACUUUCGGAUCGGUUUCGCCACCGAUUCUUGUUUGCCAUGUUCAACAUUUGCAUUGCCAUUGCAGGCUUUGCUAUACUCAUGACCGUGCAUCACAAUACUGAUUUGGAAUACGGGGCGCUGUUCAUGAUUACAUCGGGAACAUACAGUGCCAUGCCCGUGAUUGUCUGCUGGUUCUCGAUGAACCUGGGCGGUCACCAUCGCCGCGCAGUGGGCACGGCGUGGCAGAUUGGAUUUGGUAACAUAGGAGGUAUCAUUGCAAGCUACAGUUUCGAGGCCACCGACGCCAAGACGUUCUUCCAUAAAGGCUACAGCAUCUGCAUGGGCUUCAUCUGCCUUAGCGCCGCCGCCUGCAUCAUCUACUUUAUUGCUUGCCUGACCCAGAAUCGCAAUAGAGAGAAGACACACGACGUCGGGCUUACAGAGUACGAGAAGACCGAAUUGGGGGAUAUGAGCCCGGACUACCGCUACAUGCUGUAGUGAGCAACGGCCACCGUCGGUGUCAUGCCGAGACAGGAAGAAAGAUUGUCUGUGUGGCACUGGCACCAAGUCGAGCUCACUUGCAAACCGCAUUCGGAGGGGCAGCAGGCCAACAGGACAAGCAGGUAGUCAUGGCCUGAGAUGUGUCGCGGAUCCGAAAUGGCCUCGUACGAGGAGUAGGACUCCGGGGUUCUAGCGCAGAUGGAAUUCCCAACGACCUGAAGCUGCAUUACCACGGAACACAUUCCGCAUUAUCACAUCGAGUCAUCCGUUAGACCUUUCGUUUAAACGCACACUAUUGCGAGGAGGCAGGAAGGUAGGGGCUAGGGUUGCAUCCGCCAUGGCAGGCAGGUGGAUUAGAGCCACCCAUGUUCCUUUUCCGUUGGUGUACCCGCAUGAUACAAUCCCACAAGGCUGGGCUGCAUGCAUUAUUCCCAUCUUCGUAUCCGAGGAGGAUCACUGCCCAUGCCAAAGACACGCCGAUUGACCACGCACAUCCAUCCCCGAGGCCAUUUCUCCCCUGCAUUUUCUCCAGAGCCGAAAUAGCCGCCUUACACGUUCUCCGUACACGAAGGGAAGUUACCGCUGGGUAAGGUCUCUAGGGCGCGGACGCUCCGAGCACCACAAGGUUG